AUGGAUAUUGAGGAACAGCCCACUAUCAUGGUCAGCCUGGCACCCCUCAACUCCCCGGGGCUUGCCAAUCCCGACAAGAAUGUCGCAGACGAGACUUCGCAAGGCCCUGUGGCCCCUGCGGUUUCCCCUAUUUCUACACCUCUCAUCAUCGCUACAAAUGACAUACAUGGCUCCAUGUCUCCGCUCAGCAUCUACGACCAUGUGGCAAGUCAAAGUGGCGUGCUUGAUGGUGGCACUUCUACGGUUUCUGCAGCCGGGGACGCUGCUGCCACUGACAUUGUUACUUUUUCAGACGAAGUCUCCCAGAAUCCGCCCACUCACAACGACCUGACUGUCCUGGGUGCUCCCAAUGAGGAUGCUGAGGUCUCCCGCGAUUCCCUUGCCCCUGAGGAUGUCAACACUCGGGAAGACCAGCUCGCUGACAACGACCUGCUAGACCCUGGAUCAUCCAAGUCCCACAUUGAGACGGCCGUAUCGGACUCUGGCAUCCGUGCCUCUCCAGAUCCUGAGCCUGCCAGCUCUUCCGUUAAGGGUACCCGGUCGAAGAGACGGAUGAAACCAACUGUUGACCUUGAUAGUCUGCCAAAUCCAGAGGACGAAUUGACUGACGCUGAGAUUGCGAACCUCUGCUGUCAGCCUCCAAGAAUCCGUCAACGUUAUACCAACUAUUUCGCGAGCCAUGGGGUCAUCCGCGCUGCAUACUGCAGAAUCCUGUUUGAGCGGCUUCCUGACGGUGAACUGCGGUUCCCGGAGGAAGUUCUCAGGUCCUGUAUACCCAAGUGGAAGGAACGUCUUGAGGUAUAUGAACCCGCAGAAUCCAGUCAUGCAGGUGCAGGUCCCAGUCGCAAGCGAAAGGGAACGGUGACCGCUGCUAAACGCAGUGUCGAUGAUGACGCUGAUUCUCGCAAGCAUUCUCCCAAGAAGGCCAGAAAGGCAACGGCAUCAAAGAGCGAGGAAUUGCAAGUUGACCAACCAAUCUCUGAGGCUAGUCCCCUACCACGCCCUGUUCCCACUCUUCGUAUCCGUCCAGUGAUUAGUCGUCGGACGGCGCUUUCUAUGGGUCUUCCACCUGGUCUUCAUUCUUCUCAGCCUUCAACUUUCGCCCCUGCAGGCUCCUCUGACCACGUCUCAAAAGAGCUCUCAAAAGCUUCUGCAUCAACUCAUGAUCCAACUCAGAACAUCCAGAGCGAUUCUGCAGAAGAUCAGCACGCAAGUUUAGAUGUUCCAAACAUGGACACUCGCAGGCCGUUCUUCAGCAUUCGACCCACUCAAUCUACACAUGCGUUCAGUGUUGGAAGCUCCCAGCUACUGGAUCCGAAUUAUCUGGGUCAGUUCGCUCAGAACCUGACUGGUGAAAUCCAGCAACUUGACCUUGCCACCGUCGCUAUUGUACGCACUUCACACGACCAGGGCCCCUAUUGGCGAUUUCGAAAUCUACGUGAUACUCUGGUGCAUCUGCGCGACCAGUGCGUAGAUAUCGAGGCUAGGCUGCGAAAACACCUGGCCACGAAGGAUCAAGACUGA